CAACUCUAUGAGAAAAAAGAUUUAACUCUCUUGAAAAAUGUAACAAAUUUCCUGCGAGAAAUCAAAAGCACGAUAUAAACACAAUCAGAAACUGACAAGUGAUAAGCGCCGUCAACUAGAUCGGCCGGCGUUCACAGUCUUUUUCACGUCACGCUGACAGCGAAUCGUGUACGUUCAUGAAGUCUUUCAGACUAUAAACAAAACCGCUGGCAAUAUAGCGAAAAGAGCUGUGCCAUCCCUAAAUGCCAUUGAACAAGUGGCGACAGAAGAAAGAAGAAGAAGAAGAAGAGCGUUGAUAGCCGCAGUUAUCUCAGUAAUUCGUAUCGAAAGUGAAUCAACUUCAUGCAAUAUCGUAACCGGAUGUCCAGGAAGGCGUAACCGAUCAUCAUGAGCAGCGGCUUCCCGUACCAACACGCCCAACAGAACGGUCAAAGCGUCCAGCCCCAGCAACAUCAACCGUACGAAACGACCGAUGCCGUUAAUCAGCGCUUCCUCGAAAGAACCGACCCUCCGGAACUGGCCCACUGCCUCUCGUGCGAGGGAACCUUUCAGAAGCAGUCCAUUGCGGAUGUGAUCAAGCACUAUGCGGACCAAAGCCACGGCCAAUUCUACAGCCCGUGUCUUUACUGCCGGGGGAAGGUUCAUCGGUAUCGGGACGGGAAAGGCCUCCAGUACUACCACGAUUGCUAUCGGUCGACGAAAAAGCUGGACCAGUGAGGCGUGACGACGAAUGGCGUAUACGUGGAAUCCAGUUACGCUUCACUGCCAUCAAUGGUGGUCACCAGUGAUCAUUACUGCUCCGUACUCCCAAAGAUUAGAGAAUAAGGCAUAAAACAAAACUGUACACCCGGUGAAGACUGAUAACAAACCAGAUAAAGAACGAUACAUUCCCACUCGUUAAUCUUAAGUAUUACAAUUGUGUACCAUAUUUAAAAUAUAGUAUCAAAAAUAAAUAUGCUCCCGGCACUUUUGAAA